UAUAGUUUGGAAACAAAAUUGAUGAUUUUACUUAUUCACCAUUUAAUUUCACAUUUUAACUGCUUACUGCUGUUUGCACAUUAAUAGCUCUGGAAACUACCUUCAUAGCAGUGUUAGAGUUUCAGUCAAAGUGUCCUCGGUGAUGUAAAACGUUGUACAAUAAGGAUCACCUUAUCUGCUUGUUGAUUUAAGUGUUGCACUCUUUGAUGCCAUUAUUACUUUGGUAGCACAGUUGAAUGUAAGGUGUUUCACUGACAGUGCAACAAAUGAACGGUUCAAUUUAUUGGCAAUUGAUCCAGUUGAUCCAGUAAAUGGUGAUAGCAUAUCUGAAUAUGAAUAUUGUCCAGUAUCAAAACACCAGUCCUACAUUGGGUAUAAGUUACGCUUUAACAGACAAUCAAACAUUUAUGUUGUUAGUUUUUGCAGUGUCACUGCUGUUAGUACCCUCAUCAGCAUUAGCUCCUGGACUUUGUUUGCUUAUCGCUGUUCUGUAUCGCUAGUACUCAAGAUUGGUCUUGGUCUCAAGUCCUCGCUUUGAAAGUCUUUGCUUAAGACUGAGACAAAACCACAAAUGCAAAGAUAUCACUAAAGGAGUGUUGAAUAAAGACGGUCAAGUUGAUUUCAGCUCCUAAGUGUUCGUAUUUGUUUGCUCAAAGAUAACGAAGUAAAUUUCCCAUGCAUGACAUUCACCUCUGCAAUGCUAUUGGAUUGUUUUAUUGUGACAUUUGUCAUGGCACACUUGUACAAACACACAUAUAAACAUCAUGGCAAUAAAAGAGCUGAACGAAGAGCAAUCAUCCUUUGUUUUCUGCGGGCGAAUUUACGGGAACGUGGAUGAUUCGGAUCAAUUUGAAGAGUGUCUGUGGGUUGUGUGUUCCACAUUUUAUUGUUGGUGUGUCACACAGUGUGGGCCUCGCACAUGUCUAAUUUUGACUUGAUCGAUUCAUUCUGGUCUUGGUCAUGACUUGAGAGUCUUAAAUGUUCAAGUGGAGCACUCUUCUUCUUGAGAUUGAAUGGAACCAUAGCCUUUUGUUCAAGGAUUAAUGCAAAACUUUUGAAUAACUACUGGAGCAGCUGACAUCAGAUUAAAUUUGGUUGUUAAGUUAAAAUGUUUUCCAGACAUCCAACUUGUUAAAUAGCAUUUUGAUGAGAAGAAAAAUGCCCAGCCGUAUCAGCUUAAAUACUGGAUUGCCAGUAUACAGAUAGUGGCUGCACCUGCUCAUAGUCGCACUCCCUGCUCACGUUACCAGCAACUACUGCAACAACUACAGCAUGGUGCUCAACUGCACAGAGAUUGAUGAUGUGCUGGAGAGGUACUACCUGUCACCCUUUUAUGGCAUCGAGUUCUGCAUUGGUUUCCUUGGCAACCUUUUGGUUGUACUUGGUUACAUAUUUUGUUUGCCAGAGUGGCAGAGCUGCAAUAUUUACCUCUUCAGCCUGGCGGUCUCUGACCUCAUUUUCCUCUGCACACUGCCACGCCUCUCCUACCUGUAUGCAAAUGACCAAUCAGAGACCAGUUCCACUGCUUGCAUUAUCAACCGCUACGUACUGCAUGUCAAUCUUUACUCUUCCAUCCUGUUUAUGGUCUGGCUUAGCAUGGACCGCUUCCUGCUCAUAAAACAUCCAACACGGAACCACUGUCUGCUGAGGAACCGGACAGCCCUGAUUGUGACAGGGCUGAGCUGGGUAGCUGUCAACGUGGAAAUAGCUCCUAUGAUAUCACUGAUGGUCCAUGAUCUAAAGAGCAGGAACUGGAGUCGCUGCAAGGAUUUUGGCAGUCUGGAAGGAGACAUCAGUGUAUUGGGCUACAGCCUCGGGCUAACCCUGACUGGUUACAUUCUCCCUCUGCUUGGACUUUGUGGUUUCUCCUACCAAAUUGCACACCUGCUGCGCAUCCAGGAAAGGGCUGUACAGCGCAGGAACACAUCGUUCAAGCGUCCUCUUAAGGUUGUUGCAUCGGCUGCAGUCAUGUUUCUGGUUCUAUACACCCCCUACCAUGUGCUGAGAAAUGUCAGAGUAGCAUCUCGGCAGCCCUGGGCAGGGCUGCAGCCGUGUACAAUGAUGUACAUAGAGGGCUUGUACAUCAUAACCCGACCUUUGGCCUUCUUACACAGUGUCAUCAACCCUGUCUUCUACUUCCUCAUGGGUGACAAGUUCAGAGAAAUCCUGUUGGCUAAGGUUAGAAUGCUGCUUAGAAAGAAUGAGCGGCAAAGAGAGCCAGCUUGACAAAAGUCAGUGCAGGGUCCCUAUAUGUGAAGCACACAUCUACAUAGCACAUCCAAACAUGUGAAUGAGCUCCAUCUUUACGUGUUUUUUAUUUAAUGUUUUGAGCUUACCUGUAUUCAUGUUAUUUUUUCAUAAUUGCCAUCCUUAAACAUACUGUCAAACUGUAGCAUUAUUAAUAUUGAAAGACAUCUUUGGUGUCAGCGGAACAUAUUUGUCAUGCUCUUAUCUAUAAGAUAUGAGGAUACUUUGUGGCAGUGACCAUAUUCACACAGAUUACAAGAUUAUAAGUGAUAGAAACAUGUCAAGAUAUCCAUAAAGAGGCAAAGUUAUCUUUUCAUGUUGACAAGGUAAAGUCACGUAAAGCCAGAGCCUGUUGCUAUUUUUACAAUAACCUUUUGUUAAAGCAUCAGUAUGUAUGCGUAGAUAGGUUGCUGUUAUUUGUUGAAAAAGCAGUUAUUUAUAUCUGUUGUCAGAUAAACUGGAGGCUCAUGUCUUGUCAUUUGUAUCACUGUUUCUGGGAUGUUUGUGUA